UUUCAGUCCAAACUAGCAUUUUUAUCCAGCCCGGCCUAACAAUAACAAAAGCCCGAGUAACUGAGUCAUCUAUGGACACCGAGACUUCCGGUCGUCACUUUUCAGCGGUCAGCCGAUAAAGGAGCAUCCAAUCGCCAAGUCGCUGCCCGCCGACCGCCAUAUCGCCGAUGCUUAGCCGCUUGCCGUCUGCCUCUGUGAGCUCCGACCUGCCUACUGUGUACAACGUUCCAGCUAAUCGAGUAAUCGACUAAUCGGCCCUUCUCACCUUCUCAGUCUUGUACUCUUCUGUGGCUUCAGGUAUCAGUGUAUCACGCCUUCACCGCUACAGCCUUUAGGUACAAAGGGCGAACAUGGCACUAAUGGAACAUCUAAGGGAUGAUAGAUACGCGGAGUAUAAAUUUACAGGCAAAACUUGGAAUCUGAAGAUGCAAGUUUUAUCAAGCAAUUUUAAAAUUGGGACUUGAAAAGCCACGACACAUGCUUAGCGGCAUCAAAUUGGUUUGUAAUGGAGAUGGCUGGUUCCUUAGACAAUCGAGCUUUUCAUUGUUGAAGCGGCAGAGUCAUGGCGUCCUUUUCGGGACCCUCUAACCCAUUUCCGUUAGUGCUCAAUAGUCAACCUGGAAAUCACCCGGUAACCCACUUGGCUGCACCUAUUCCCGCAUUGAUACACAAUAGAAACCCAUCAGUAGCCAAUCAACGAGAUGCAGGGGACAGGGUGGUUCCCCAAAGAAGAACCGGCAUCACCAGAACAGUGGAGGAAGAUGCCAGAGGGAAAGAUGAAGUCAACAGGAAGGUAGCUUCACAGAAAGCAAUUUCCAUAAUUAUGAGGAGAGAGGCCAUGAAAGCAGUAAUCGAGAAGAAAAAGGGCAGCUCCAAGAAGCUACUUCCCAACGACAUUCUCGAAGCUCUUCACGAACGCAUCACUGCUUUGCGCUGGGAAUCCGCUCUUAAGAUCUUUGAACUCCUUCGCGAGCAGCUAUGGUACAAGCCGAAUGCUGGUGUGUAUAUCAAACUAAUUGUAAUGCUUGGAAAAUGUAAGCAACCUGAGAAAGCUCAAUCCUUGUUUCAGAUGAUGAUUGAUGAAGGCUGUGUUGUGAAUCAAGAAGCUUAUACUGCUCUAUUGUCUGCAUACAGCCGUACUGCCCUUUUCAAUGAUGCUUUUUCACUCCUUGAAGAGAUGAAGAGCACUCCUAAUUGUCAACCUGAUGUCUUCACAUAUACCGUUCUCAUAAAAUCGUACCUGCAUGUUUAUGACUUUGGUAAAGUAAGAGUUCUCCUUUCGGAAAUGGAGAAUGAGGGGAUCAAGCCCAAUACAGUUACAUAUAAUAUUCUCAUUGAUGCUUACGGCAGAGCAAAAAGGUUCGCUGAGAUGGAAUCUGUACUUGUGAAAAUGCUUCAGAGGAGAGACUGUUCUCCAGAUGAGUGGACCAUGAACUCUUCAUUGAGAGCAUACGGUGGUAGCGGGCAGAUAGAAAUGAUGGAGAGCUGCUAUGAAAAGUUCCAAUGUGCUGGGAUUGAACCCACUAUCAAGACUUUCAACAUCCUUUUAGAUUCAUAUGGAAAAACUGGAAAUUAUGACAAAAUGAGUUCUGUUAUGGAAUACAUGCAGAAGUACCAUUUCUCAUGGACUAGAGUUACCUAUAAUAUCAUAAUAGAUGCAUUUGGGAGGGCCGGAGAUUUGAAACAGAUGGAAUUUCUUUUCCGGCUUAUGCAGUCCGAGAGGAUCAAACCAGACAGGGUCACACUUUGUUCGCUGGUUCGAGCGUAUGGGCAAGCCGGGAAUGCUGAAAAAAUUGGAGGUGUUCUGAAAUUUGCUGAUAAUGCAGAAAUUACACUGGACACUGUUUUUUUUAACUGCCUGAUGGAUGCAUAUGGGAUGAUGGAAUGCUUCGCGGAGAUGAAAGAAGUGCUUGAACUUAUGCAGAGCAAAGGAUGUAAGCCUGAUAGAGUAACAUAUAGAACCAUGAUUAAAGCGUACUCGAUUGGUGGGAUGACUAGUAAAGCGAAGGAGUUCAAGAACCAACUUGCGUCAUUGGAAGAGAAUCAACCCGGCCAGAAAAUGUUCAAAGUAAAGUAAGGCUUUUCACAUAAUUGACAUGGCCUUUUGCUUGUACAUUCUUUACACUCUUCAUGUUUUGUUAUCAACUCUGGCAUCAUUUCCUCGAUUGUUAUAUUCCAAACUCUUCUAGUGUAAAUAAACUCUUCCAGGAACUCGAGUUUAUCAGUUAACCAACAAAUUGUCUCG